AGCGUGUUUUUUAUUCUCCUGUAACCACACUACGUAGAACAGAACUUUUCGCUAAUCAAAUGGGUUUGAUAAAAAUUCAACAUAAUGUAAUUAAAAGCUUCGGUUCUUACACGUAACUAAUGAGUUAACGAUAGCUAAUUUUAUUAAUUCGGGACAUGUAGCGAUAAGUGAAUAAGAUGCAGUUUGCCAAGUGGUGUUUGGUUGGUUUAAUUUUCAUUUUGUUCGAAAGUUUAUUAUGUUUACAUGCUUCUGAUGAAAGUGAAAAUGAAACGACGAGUUUGAUUGCCCAAGUUUUUCUAAACACGCCUAUCGUAUUGAAUAACAUCAGUUCGUAUUCGACUACAGUUCCUCCUGAUGCGACGCCACUUUAUGAUGGAAAAUGUUACGAUAGCACCUGCCCAGAUCCAAUCUCAAGCAGUACUUCACCUCGAGAUCAACGACCUUGUAAAUGUGAUCAAAACUGCCCAGAAUUUCGAGACUGUUGCGCCGAUUCGAAAUAUUACCAUCGAGAUGAGCAACAAAAACCGAUGAUUUACGAAUGCCAUCAAGUCGACGAUUCUGGUUAUUUCCUAAAACGAACUUGCGAGGCGUCUUGGGACGAUGCAGAAAUCAGCGGUAAAUGCUCCGCGUCUGCGACACAUGCCUUAGAUAUAGAAGAAAUUGAAUUAAGAUCACCAGUUACUAGUUCGGUGACCAAUAUAACAUAUGGAAACAUAUAUUGCGCGUAUUGUAAUUACGAAUUCGAGGAUAUUAUUUUAUGGAACGUGUCGGUUGAAAAUUGUGGAACCAUAUCGACUAUACCAUUGAACUCUACCGAUGCGAAUUUCCCAAAUACUACAGCUACGAUGCCAGACCUUCCAUUGGAUAAUACUGACAUAAAUGUAACCAAAAAAUCGGCCGAAUAUCCAAAUUUGACGUUUGAUGGUAAAAAUUGGUAUUACGAAGAUAAAUCCACUCGUUAUAGUAAUUGCACCCUUGUUUUACAGCCACCAAAAAAGAAUGUGCAUUUUCAACAUUGUUCGACGUCUUAUGUUAUUCGCGAUUGUCCGGCUAACUGGACCGAUCAGAAUGUAGCCGAUGAAUGCAGAAGGGCCCAUUCCCUGGUGUUCAAUUGGCACGGAACAGCUUAUAGGAAUAAAUACUGUGCUUAUUGUAACGGUUUAACUGAUUUUGACUUGACUUGCGUUAGUCACAAGAUCUUCGCUACACCUCUUGGAAUCGCGAGAACAUCUUUCAAUUUCAACAAACCGAAGCAACAAUUCACCGUCUUGUUCGACUUCAAAUUGAAAAUCGAUUCGAAAAUUUGUAACCAGACGAAGAAAUCGUACCAUAAACUGCAAAGUAAGCUCUGCCCCGGUGACAGCGAACCUCAUCAUCACAAACAAUCGAAACACGACAGCUGGUAUCAUUCGGCUCUUUCCGCCUAUACGCUUAUAGCAGUUUUAAUUUCGUUGAUAUUUUUACUGCUCCAUUUGACGAUAUUUUUCUUCGUCCAAGAACUUCAAACGAUCGGAGGCAAAAAUCUGGCAUCUUUUUGCAUCGCUUUGAUCUUAGCUUACGCUAGUUUCUUACUGGGUAAUUUCGCCGAACACGAUUUAUGCUACGUGACCGCCGUCUCGAUGUAUUACUCUUUUUUGAGCGCGUUUUUUUGGAUGUUGAUCAUCUCGUACGAUAUGUGGCAUACUUUUUGGAACGCUACGAAAAAAUUCCGAAGUCCUAAAAACGUCGAGAAAACUUUCAUAAUGUAUUCGAUAUUAGUAUGGACGAUGCCUUUAACUUUGGUAGGUACGACUUUGUAUUUCGACUUGGUCGAUUCUAAAUCUUUACUAGCUCCGCAUUUCGCAUACAGCGGAUGCUGGUUCGAUAACGGAAUAUCGCUUAUGGUGUUUUUCGUCGGGCCUGUAUGCCUGAUAUUAAUCAUAAACGGUGUGCUUUUUUUGCAUACUUCGUAUAUGCUGCACAGCAAUCGAUGCGAAUCGGUGAAUCAAAAGUCGCGAGUUAACUUCAAACUCUUUACACGUAUAGGUCUGUUAACCGGUUUCACGUGGAUAACUGGUUUCAUUGCUGGGUACACGCAGAUUUUAAUUAUAUGGUUUUUAUUCGUCGUACUGAACACGGCGCAGGGCAUAUUCAUAUUUACCGCUUUUUCGUGUAAGAAACGUGUAAUUCGAAGCUUCUUGAAACGAAUUAAUAAAUUUGAAAAAUGGCAAAGACAUUUGGACGAAAGUAAUGUAAAAUCUAGCUGUACCACGUCUACGCCGUUGAACGAUACCGUUGCUGUGAAUUCGUAAAGAAAUUAGAGAUAGAUAGGUAACGAAUAAAUUUAUAAUCGGAUUUUGUUGUAUGUUUGUAUGUAUUUGUACAUCUACGAUUCGUAUUAACUAUGUAGGUACUUGUACUCGUACCUGUACCGAAAUUAUCUUCUCGGUCUAAUGAUUGUAUCCCAAUUACUCGUGGAAUUAAUUAUUCGGAAAUAAGUACGAAUAUUUAAUUCGAUAUUUUUCAAAAUCGAAUGUAAUGUUAUAAAAUACGAGUAGGUAGAUGUUUAUCUACGUGUCUGUGAUAACUGAGUGAUAAUUUACCAACUUUGUAGAUACCUAUAGACCUACGAUAGUAAUUUUAUACUUAUUGGGUAACUAAAAAUAUGUUCAGGAAAUACUAAUUGUUCUCGACUUGCAAUAGUUACUUAAUUAACCUCCAAAACUAAAGACUUUGGCUAGAAUUGAAUUUUUGUAUCAAAUUAGAUAGAUCAAUCGACAUGUGAAAGUAUGUAUAGAAAAAAUACCAUCAGACACUGAUUAGCCGACUAUAAUUCGAACUGAAUUUCAAUGUUCGAGUAAAUUAGGUGCAAGGGUGUAGAAUUCACUCAUGAUUGCAAAAAAGAUUAUCCUGUAGUUGUUUUAACAUCUUUUGAAAAAGACUUUCAGGAUAAGAUAAUGAAAUCGUCAUUUCUCCAAUUUUGACAAAACUCACACAAAAAAAUUUCGAGUCGACCUCCCCCCCCCCCCAACUAAAACACGAGAAACGUCCUCAUACGUGUUCAAAAUUAAAAAUUCUCAUUCACCGGAAGAAGUGAUCCAAAAAUGUUGAAACUUACAUAGAAAAUAGCCACAAUAAUUUUUAUAUUUGGAGGUGUUUUUUUGGUGUUGGGGGAGGGGGGGGUGUUGGUGUUGAAAACUACUCGAGAAGUGUGCCCAUGGGCGUGUGAAGUAUUUUCAAAAAAAUGGUCAUAUUUGGGGAGUAUUUUGAGAGGGUUGAAAAUUUCAAAAAUUCGUAAAAAACAGGGAGGGUUACUUCUGCGAAAUUCUUUCAGAAUUUUUUCUUGAGCUCAGAAAUCGGUACAACACAAAAGCUCAAAAAAAAUCAAAACCUUCAAAAGAACGUGAUUUUCAUCAUUUUUUGCCUUAAAUGUUUGGAUUUGGGGGGGAGUGGUGUUGAAAACUCGAGAAGUGUGCCCAUGGGCGUGUGAAGUAUUUUCAAAAAAAUGGUCAUAUUUGGGAGUGUUUUGAGAGGGUUGAAAAUUUCAAAAAUUCGUAAAAAAAAAUAGGGAGGGUCACUUCUGCGAAAUUCUUUCAGAAUUUUUUCUUGAGCUCAGAAAUCAGCUAGUGCAACACAAGUUCAAAAAAACAAUCAAAACCUUCAAAAAAACGUGAUUUUCUUCAUUUUUUGCUUUAAAUGUUUGGACUUUCAUGGUCAGAAUUUUUGGAAAAAAUAAAAUUUCAAGCAAAGUAGGUAUUAUGUAUAUUAUGUAUAGGCAAAGGCAAGUAAAAGACACGAAUAUGAAAAUUUUCCAUCGGAAAAUCAAACCAGCUUAUAACAUCGGCUAUGAUAUGUAUUUUUUUUCUUUCAAAUGCAAAAUACGCGUCCCCAAUUAUUUAUCCAAAUGAAAUGCUACCCGAUUUCUUCGAUCCCUAGGCGUAAAUAUUGCAAUAAAAAUAAUAUGCAGGUGAGCGAUUUUCUAUUUUUAAAUAGGCAUGUACUUUAUUCUGAUGAUUAUUGAUCACAUUUAUUACAUGUAAUACACAUUUUCUUUUGUGAGUA